AAAAAAUUUGCUAAGAAAAUAUUUGAAAUUUUUUUGUUAAACUAAAAACUACAGCAAAAACAAAAACUAUAAUAGAAAAGAAAUAAAUAUUUGCUUAAAUGGUGUGAUGAAAUAUUUAUAAAUUACAUGGAAGUGUUGAUGAAAUGCCCAACGGAAAUAAAAGGCGACCGGAUACUUUGGAAUUAGAAGUACUUCGAACAGCAAAACCUGCAAAUGCAGAACAACGUUAUGAAACCACUGAUAGUGAUCGUUUACGUAACACAUGUCCUGAAACCUCCCUAACACCUUUACAAGUCCACUCUCAAAACGAGAGAUCUAUACGAAGUGAACGCCGUCUAACAACACCACGAGAACGUUGGUUUCAUUUUAGCAGCCUAUUCGCCAGAAGGUCUAGAGAUGUUAAUACAAUUACAACAACAACAUUUGCUACUAGCACUGCCGAUGUGGGUACGACGGCUACUUUAGCGCGACCCGAACCCUCGACCAUAGAUAAUUCAACAACAACAAUUCUUACUUUAUCGCCCCAGAACAAUGAUCCAGAAAAUUUACCCGAUGUGGCUGCUGUAUUACCACGUAAAAAUUCCAAAAGACGUUCACGUAAUCGUUCACAAUCCGGUAGUCUAUAUAGUCUAGCUACACUAGCCCAAACGGGUGAAAUACAACUACAUUCACGUAAUGAAAAAGACCCGGAAGCUGAAGCUUUAGGCUCCUCAUUAUUGAAAAGAAACAUAGAUUCGAAAGAUAAAAUUCUGUUGACAUCUAUGGCUGCGGAUGAAACAGCUCAAACACAAAUUGAACUUGAGGAGAUAACGGCAGAUGGUCUUAAUAACUCUUCGAAAUCUGGUUUACGUGCUAGUCUUAUGUCGUAUUUAAGUAAAUUUAACAUAUGGAAGAAUAGCAACUGUAGAGAUCAGAGUAAGAGAUCAUCACGUUCCAAGCAAUUAACAACACCUAGUGGUGUUGUUUAUAACACCGGUCCCAGCAGUAGUUUGGGUCCACGCAAAUCCGUUAAUAUAAGUACCGAUUUUGAACAAUUUCCUGCCGCUGAUAACACCGACGACAAAGUGAGUGAUCGUUUUGUCAAUGCCAAAGAAAUGGGCAUACGACGUUUGUCACAAAUACGACGGCGCAGAAGUUCCUAUUAUUUUUCAGAAAAUGAACGCAGAAUACGUGCUAAUGAUAGAGAGUUCAAUGCCCAGUUCAAAUACGCUGAUAACUAUAUUAAAACGUCCAAAUAUUCGUUGAUGACAUUUUUGCCAUUUAAUCUUCUAGAACAAUUUCAACGUCUUGCCAACUUUUAUUUUCUUUGUUUGUUGGUGUUACAACUUAUACCGGCCAUAUCAUCACUAACACCCGUUACCACAGCCAUUCCAUUAAUCGGUGUACUGACAUUAACCGCCGUUAAAGAUGCCUACGAUGACAUUCAACGACAUUUGUCAGAUUCUCAGGUGAAUAAUCGUAAAUCAAAAACUUUAAGAAAUGGCAAAUUAGUGGAUGAAAGGUGGUCCGGUGUACAGGUGGGCGAUGUGAUACGAAUGGAAAAUAAUCAAUUUGUUGCUGCCGAUAUUCUUUUGUUAAGUACUUCAGAGCCAAAUGGAUUGUGUUUCAUUGAAACGGCCGAAUUGGAUGGUGAAACGAAUCUCAAAUGUAAACAAUGUCUAACAGAAACGAUAGAGUUGGGACAACAAGAUGAUUUACUGUGGAAUUUUAAUGGGGAAAUCAUAUGUGAGAAACCCAAUAAUUUAUUAAAUAAAUUUGAGGGCACACUAAUAUGGCGUAAUCAACGUUUCGCAUUGGACAAUGAAAAGAUUCUCUUGAGAGGUUGUGUCCUGCGUAAUACACAAUGGUGUUAUGGUGUUGUCAUCUUUGCCGGCAAAGAUACAAAACUAAUGCAAAAUUCUGGCAAGACACAAUUUAAGAGUACGGGUGUUGAUCGUUUACUGAAUUUUAUAAUAAUUGGGAUUGUUCUUUUUCUGUUAUCCAUCUGUGCGUUCUUUACAGUGGCUUGUGCUUUAUGGGAGGGAUUUAUUGGUCAACAUUUUCAGUCAUAUUUGCCCUGGGAAAAUAUAAUACCCAAAAAUGUGCUACAAGGAUCAACUGUUAUAGGAUUAUUAGUAUUCUUCUCUUAUGCCAUUGUAUUAAAUACCGUAGUGCCAAUAUCACUCUACGUUUCAGUAGAGGUUAUACGUUUUGUUCAAUCAUUUUUAAUAAAUUGGGAUGAAGAAAUGUAUUAUGAACCAACUAAAACACAUGCCAAAGCCCGUACCACCACCCUCAAUGAAGAACUUGGUCAAAUACAAUAUAUAUUUUCGGAUAAAACCGGAACAUUAACACAAAAUAUUAUGACCUUUAAUAAGUGCAGUAUUAAUGGCCGUACGUAUGGUGAUGUUUUCGAUUUGCGUACUGGCGAAGUUGUGGAAAUAACCGAUAAUGAAUUUCAAACUCAAAAUAGCAACAGCACAAUAAUGAAAAAUAAAUUAGAUAUUGGAACUACAGCCACGUUGCGACUACACAAAGUCGAUGUACAUAGAAGUGGUGGUAAGACCCCAACAACGCCCACAAAUAAUGUGUCUUCCAAAAUCAAACAGCUACACCAACUACAACAACAACCCACUACUACAACCAACAACACCACCACCACUACUAGUAAACAACUGAAUAGUGGAAGCACUACAACCACACCCAUAAAUUCACCAUCAUCAUGGGAUAAUUUUUAUCUAAAACCUCCGGACACAGUUGCAGGAGUAGCAGGUGGAGGUGGUGUAACCAACACGCCUCAUACACUAAUCACAACCGCUAAAGUAGAAAUAGAAAAUCCCAUAUUUCACAAUAAUGAUGAUGCUAAUGUAAAUAGCCCACCGUCUAGUCCGUGUAGUACACCUAGUCCCCAAGGUAAACGUGUCAAGUAUGCCAAAGAGCCUAAAACUCAUAGGCGUGCUGCUAAACUAGAGCCAUCGUCGGAAAAGGCGAGAGUUCGAAGGCAAGCUUCCACUUUAUCGACAUGCAGUGACAAAACUGUAGAACCAGUUGAUUUUUCGGCAAAUCCAGAAUAUGAACCAGAAUUUCGUUGGUACGAUAGAACACUUUUGGAUGCUGUGCGUUCCGAUGAAGAACAUGCCCAUAACUUCUUUCGUCUGUUGGCCCUGUGUCAUACGGUUAUGCCUGAAUAUGUGGAAGAUCGUUUAGAGUAUCAGGCUCAGAGUCCUGAUGAAUCGGCAUUAGUGUCGGCAGCUAGAAAUUUUGGUUUUGUAUUUCGUUCGAGAACACCAAACAGUAUUACUAUCGAGGUUAUGGGUCGAAAGGAGGAAUAUGAACUGUUACAUAUUUUGGAUUUCAAUAAUGUACGCAAACGUAUGUCAGUUAUAUUAAGACGUGGUGAUAAAAUAUUCCUAUAUUGUAAGGGAGCUGAUAGUGUUAUUUACGAUAGGUUAAGUUCUAGUCAACAUGAUAUAAAAGCGCGUACACAAGAUCAUUUGAAUAAAUUCGCUGGCGAAGGUCUACGUACGCUUGUCUUAGCUGAACGACAUUUAAGUCCAGAAUUCUAUGAAGAUUGGAGUAAACGUCAUUGGGAGGCUUCAGUAUCACUAGAUCAUCGUGAGGAAAAACUAAAUGCAAUAAUGGAAGAGAUUGAAAGUGAAUUGGUGCUAGUUGGAGUAACAGCCAUAGAAGAUAAAUUACAAGAUGGUGUACCGCAAACUAUAGCAAAUUUACAAAUGGCUGGCAUUAAAGUUUGGGUCUUAACAGGAGAUAAGCAAGAAACUGCUAUAAAUAUAGGAUACUCAUGUCAAUUAUUAACCGAUGACUUGGCCGAUGUUUUCAUAGUGGAUGGCAGUACAAUUGAAGAGGUUGAUAAACAGCUGAGACAAUUUAAAGAAUCAAUUAGAAUAGUUAAUAGAUUUAGGCCAACACCCCUUGAACCUGCUGUGAAUUUAAAUGGCUCACAUUUGAAUGAUCGUAGUCCCUCAUCAUUGAAAAUAACUCAAGUGUCACCACCACCACCGCCUGCUAUAUCAGUUGUUACCUUUAGGUGGGAUGAUGAUGUCAAUAAUAUGCGUAAAAAGGGCGAACCGGACAGUGCUGAAACCAAUGAAUUAUAUGAUUCAUUAGAAAAGGGCGGCAGUGCGGCUCGCAAUGUUUUGCGUGAUGACGAAAUUGUUGAAGAAAAUACAGGUUUUGCUAUAGUUAUUAAUGGUCAUUCAUUGGUCCAUUGUUUAUCACCCGAACUGGAAACAAAAUUCCUGGAUAUUGCUUCACAAUGUAAGGCUGUUAUAUGCUGUCGUGUUACACCUUUACAAAAGGCCUUAGUUGUGGAAUUAAUCAAACGUGCCAAGAAUGCAGUUACUUUAGCAAUAGGUGAUGGUGCCAACGAUGUCUCUAUGAUCAAAGCCGCCCAUAUUGGUGUUGGUAUAUCUGGUCAAGAGGGUUUACAAGCUGUAUUGGCAAGCGAUUAUUCGAUUGCACAAUUUCGCUAUUUAGAAAGACUUUUAUUGGUGCACGGGCGUUGGUCCUACUAUCGCAUGUGCAAAUUCCUGCGUUAUUUUUUCUAUAAAAAUUUUGCAUUUACCUUGUGUCAUUGUUGGUAUUCAUUUUUUUGUGGUUUUAGCGCACAGACUGUUUUUGAUCCCAUGUUUAUAUCGGUUUAUAAUCUUUUCUACACAUCAUUGCCUGUCUUAGCGCUGGGCGUAUUCGAACAAGAUGUUUCAGAUAGACAUAGUGUGGAUUUUCCCAAAUUAUAUACGCCAGGCUUAAAAAGUCAAUUGUUUAAUACCAAAGAAUUUGUGUAUAGUGUAUUACAUGGUGCCUUUAGUUCGUUAAUAUUAUUUUUAAUUCCUUAUGGUACUUAUCACAAAGGCGUGUCGCCAAAUGGUUUAAUUUUAAGUGAUCACAUGACUCUGGGAGCGGUUGUUGCAACUAUUUUAAUUAUUGAUAAUACUGCACAGAUUGCCUUAUAUACAUCAUAUUGGACAAUUUUUAAUCACAUAACAAUUUGGGGUAGUCUGAUAUGGUAUUUUGUUUUAGAUUACUUUUAUAAUUACGUUGUUGGUGGACCCUAUGUGGGCUCCUUAACAAUGGCCAUGAAAGAUCUCACAUUUUGGACUACCAUGUUCAUAACUGUGGUGCUAAUUAUGAUACCAGUAUUAGCUUAUAAAUUCUAUUUAAUAGAUUGUCAACCAAGUCUGGCAGAUAAGAUACGUAUGAAGAGACGUCAAGCAAGUUUGAAACUAAGACAGACUAGUAGUGUUAUGAGGGCACCAUCCUCUAGAAGAUCUAGAAGAUCUUUAAGAUCUGGUUAUGCGUUUGCCCAUCAAGAAGGCUUUGGUCGUCUUAUUACAUCUGGUAAGAUUAUGCGUAAAUUACCGCAAGAAUUUGCUUUUCCUCUGGGUUUGGGUAGUAAAAAGGUACAAAGUUCCGGCGCUACACAAGAUGCCAAGACCAAUAACAACAAUAGCACGCGUGAUAAUAAUAAAAACUCCUCAAUGGAUGAUAAUUCUUUAAAUAAUGAUGCCUUAACUAAUAAUACUGAUACAAAUAUUGAGGGACUAAGUCCGCGUGCUCCUUGCCAAGAUUUAGAUACGAUAAAUCUCUAAAAAUAACAAAUACUUAUAUAUAAACAAAAGUAUUCAACUAAAAUGCUACUACAAACUAAAACAAAAAUGAAACCAUUUUUUUUUAAUUCAAAAAAAAUUUAAAAACAAAAUUUGAAUACAAAGUAAUUUAUAAUAUAAUUAGUUUUAAAAUAAUAUUAAUUAUAGGCUUGUAGUAUAUUCAUUUC